AGCCACAACAACGUUCAAACGACGGACAAGGACGGAUUAUUCGGAUCCAUUCUCCGGCCGGCCACAGACCACCACCAAACGGACGGUCACUCUGCCCGCACGCUCUGACCAUCGUCCUGCGGUGGAUUACCGGGAUCGAUGGUUGAAAGAUGUAUGAACUGCAAACGCCAUUUCCACGUCAAGCGCGGCCAUGAAUCGAGCGUGCGGCUUUCGACCAUCGUUCACCGGCAGUGUGGUUGCGGUUGCAGCACUACUACUCCUCCUGCUGCGGAACGUCAGCGCGACACGGCCAUCGUCGUCCGACAACGAAAUCCCCAAGCUACAGCAGUGUCCUGCCGGCAGCGAAACUCGCCUCAAGUGUGGCAUCAAGGAGCACCACGCGGAACACAUGAACGCGUCCGAUGUGCGGUGGUUCUUUAAGCCGUGCGGAGGAGGACUUCAGCGAACGGCCUGUGACCGCACGGCGAUGCUGGACGAUCUCCACUGGCGUCCAUUUGAUUGCGACAAUAAACCAUGCCGCGUGACGCUCGCCAUCCAGAACGUGUCUGAGGCGCACGCCGGACUCUACCGUUGCACUAUAUAUCCGUACCGCACGGACAAUCACACGCAGCUGGACAUCCAGCUCGUGCGUACCUUCGAGUUGGUCGUCAUAAAGUCGCUGCUCGAUGAGUCGAUACCGGCGCCGGAACUGUUGGGCAACCUGCCGGCCAAUACGACGGCCAUCGUCGACACACCGAUUGUGCUGCAGUGUCGGGUGCUCAGCAAGGUGCCACCCACCAUCAAGUGGUUCCGGCGGAUCAACAAACGGCUCGGCGAGCACAACUUCAAUCAGAACAAAUCGAUCCGCUAUCUGGAGAACUUCUACGAGUUGCUCCCGUCGGCCGGAGAGAAGCUGCUGGCCAACGACGUUUACCUCAGCAAGCUGAUUCUCUACAAUUCGUCCGAGCGCGACAUCGGUAUCUACGUGUGCGUCGGAAUUAAUUACGUUGGCGUCAGUAUGGCCGACGCGUACGUAAAUCUGCUGCACCCGAACGGAGCCCCGGUGGAGCAGUCGACCGGUGGCUACGUGGGGCUGAUGGUGCUUUUUCUCAUACCGAUUGCCCUGGCCGUGCUUCCCCUGCUGGCCUGGGCAGUGCUCAACGUUCUACGCACGAAGCACAACUCGGAGCAUAAAUCACUUGCCAAUGUGUCCGUUUAUGAACCGAACGGUGUGGUGCGACUGAAACGUUCGACCACGGCCACGGUUUCCGGCGGAAAUGGACAAGAACAUGUUUAUGAAAAAAUUACUAUCAAGUAGUUGCGUGCCAAGUGCGAUCACGUGGAAAUGUACUGUAGAUGAUGAGCAAGUGAGCAGACUUUUGAAUAGUACUUAACGAAUCUUUGUAAAUAUAUGUAAAUAAA